CUCCUCCGCCCGCCCCGCGCCCACCCGCUUGGGCGGCUGCACCCGGCGAGGGUCCAGCCCCGGGCUGCCGCCGCCUGCUCGCCCGGGAUGCCCGGGGGCCCCGCCGAGCCGGACAGCAGCCCAUCGUCGCCCACGCGCGGUGCCAGGACCGGCCAAGAUAACGCGGAGAAGCGGGCCGCCGCCAUGCCCGACUCCCCGGCCGACGUGAAGACGCAGCCGAGGUCGACGCCGCCCAGCAUGCCGCCGCCGGCCGUCACGCAGGGCGCCACGCGCCACCCCUCCUUCACGCCGAGCACCAAUCGAGACGCCGGACCGCCGACGUUUCUGCCUCGCGGCCGUUUUCAUGGUUGCUUGAAAUGGUCGAUGGUCUGUCUUUUGAUGAACGGGAGCAGCCACUCGCCCACGGCCAUCAACGGCGCUCCGUCCACCCCCAACGGCUUCAGCAACGGGCCGGCCACCUCCUCCACCGCCUCCCUCUCCAACCACCAGCUGCCGCCGGCCUGCGGCGCCCGCCAGCUCAGCAAGCUCAAGCGCUUCCUCACCACGCUGCAGCAGUUCGGCAACGACAUCUCGCCCGAGAUCGGGGAGCGGGUGCGCACGCUGGUCCUGGGGCUCGUGAACUCCACGCUCACCAUCGAGGAGUUUCACGCCAAGCUCCAGGAGGCCACCAACUUCCCGCUGCGGCCCUUCGUCAUCCCCUUCCUCAAGGCCAACCUGCCGCUGCUGCAGCGCGAGCUGCUGCACUGCGCCCGCAUGGCCAAGCAGACACCGGCCCAGUACCUGGCGCAGCACGAGCAGCUGCUGCUCGACGCCAACGCCUCCUCGCCCAUCGACUCCUCCGAGCUGCUCCUGGAGGUCAGCGAGAGCGGCAAGAGGAGGACACCAGACAGGACCAAAGAGAACGGCUUGGACCGAGACCCUCUGCACCCCGAGCACCUCAGCAAGCGGCCGUGCACCAUGAGCCCCGCGCAGCGGUACAGCCCCAGCAACGGGCUGAGCCACCCGCCCAACGGGCUGGCGCACCCCGCCGCCCCCCUGCCCCAGCACUACCGCCUGGAGGACAUGGCCAUGGCGCACCACUACCGCGACGCCUACCGCCACGCCGACCCCCGCGAGCUCCGCGAGCGCCACCGGCAAGCGGCGGUGCACGGGGCGCGCCAGGAGGAGGUGAUCGAUCACAGGCUCACCGACCGGGAGUGGGCAGAGGAGUGGAAACACCUCAACAAUCUGCUCAACUGCAUCAUGGACAUGGUGGAAAAGACGCGCCGGUCCCUCACGGUGCUGCGGCGCUGCCAGGAAGCCGACCGCGAGGAGCUCAACCACUGGAUCCGGCGCUACAGCGACGCCGAGGACAUGAAGAAGGGCGGCCCCCCCUCCGCCCGCCCCCACAACAGCUCCUCCGGCUCCGAGGCUCCCCAGUUAGACGCGCCCCGGGAGUUCGUGCCGCGGCCCCUCUCCGGCUACAUGCCCGAGGAGAUCUGGAGGAAGGCUGAAGAAGCCGUGAACGAGGUGAAGCGCCAGGCCAUGUCGGAGCUGCAGAAGGCCGUGUCGGACGCGGAGCGCAAAGCCCACGAGCUCAUCAGCACGGAGCGAGCCAAGAUGGAGCGAGCCCUGGCCGAGGCCAAGCGCCAGGCCUCGGAGGACGCGCUCACCGUCGUCAAUCAGCAGGAGGACUCCAGCGAGAGCUGCUGGAACUGCGGGCGCAAGGCGAGCGAGACGUGCAGCGGCUGCAACGCGGCGCGCUACUGCGGCUCCUUCUGCCAGCACAAGGAUUGGGAGAAGCACCACCACGUCUGCGGGCAGACUCUGCACGGCGCGCCGGGCGCCGGGCUGCCGCUGGGCUCGGCGCAGCCCGACGCCGCGCUGGCCGGCAGCCCCGGCGAGGCGGGCUCGGCGGCGGCGUCGCGCGCCGGCACGCCGGCCCCGCCGGCGCCCCUGGAGAGCGCUUCCCGCUGA